AUGGUUGCCCCUUAUGUCAACCUUGGUAAAGAUAGGCUCAGCGCUCGUAUUAGCCCUUGGGUUAAUGCGGGCAAAAACAUGAUUGCCAAUACUGUCAUGACAGUUCCAGCAGUCACUGAUACUUGCACUUCGUGCAAUGUCCCUCUCGUCUCCUACUGCUGUGCUGCAGAAGGAACGAAGAGGGAAAACAUUAAUACUGACCGUGCACAGGAAACUGCUUUCUUUGAUUUCGUCAACAUCCCACAGCUUAACAUUCUUGCUAACUAUGCACAUGUAUUCUGUGCCAUCGACAUCGACUCUUUCCGCCUUGCCAUGACCCAAAGGAUCGUUACUCCUUGCCCCCACAGAGAGAGGGACCCUGAGGUUACUGUGUGGAAAAGAAUGGCACCACCAAAGCACCGGCCCAGUGAACUUUCCAAAGGAGACCAGGACACCAAGGUUAGGAUUUCUGGCAUGGGUAUCGGCCAGUGGUUCCAUGCACCGGAUAAAUGGCCAGGUGGGUACCGUGGAAACGAUGAUCCCAAACCGUAUAAACCUCGCACGACACGAUUCGAGGGGCAUGGUAGGGACGGUAGGUUUAUAAGAUGGAUCUAUGGUAAGGAGACCCAAGUCGCGGUUUUGAAGAGACUGCACGACAGGAAGAGCUUCGACCCGAGGUACAAGUAUCUCUCAAAGCAGAUCAACUACAACUAUGCAAUGAGACCAGGAACACCACAUAUUCCAUACCCUGAAGAUGAAGGCCAACUCCAACGCGUCCAAAAGCCAAAGUGGUACCGUCAGAUGAGACUCCCCUUCAUGAACUGGGCGUGCUGGAGCGAAGGCAUCAGGAUCCGCCCUCAGCGCAACGGAAAGGUCGACAGAGUAACCGGAAACAUGGAGUACAACGAUGCGUUCCUCAUGGAGGGCUCAGACACCGCGUACCCCCGCUCUCUCAACUUCCGCAAGGACCACCCACUUGCGCCCACCGACAAGGAGGUUCUAUGGGCGAAACCUGCCGACCCAAGAACACCACUUUGCCACCCAAGUGUGAAGCCAAGAAACUGCCAUCAUAGGGCCUUUUAA